AUGCAGGUCAUCGAUGACAUCCUGGACAUCACCCAGCCCACCGAGGUCCUGGGCAAGACCGCCGCCAAGGACCUGGCCGUCAACAAGACCACCUACCCCAAGCUGCUCGGCAUUGAGAAGAGCCGCGAGGUGGCGGACAACCUCAUCACGGAGGCAAUCCAGCAGCUUGACGGCUUCGACAAGCAGAAGGCCGCGCCGCUCGUCGCGCUCGCCAAGUACAUCGGGUACCGGCAAAACUGA